AUGCCCGGCUGGUUGCUCACGGCGAUGCUGCUCAUCCUCAUCCAGCUCACGGAAAUGAGACCAGGAGGCUAUGACCACGAGAAACAACACCCGAAUAUAAGACACCACCACAGGCACAAGCACAAACAUGCUCAGAUCAUGUCUGACCUACCUUUCGAAGAUACCUUCUUUGACCCUUUAAAACAAAUGGUUAUUGACAAAGAUAUGAUCAAUACCGAUUUUGUUUCGUAUAGAAAUGUAAAAAACGAUUGGGUGAACAUGUCUAAUGAUCAGGUUGGUGAAUUGAAAGACAAGAAACAUCAUCCACACUGGCCUAUAAAAAGGGAAGCUGUGAUCGAAGGAGACUUGGUACUCGGAGGUCUGAUGAUGGUACACGAGAGGUCGGAUAGCAUGACUUGUGGACCAGUGAUGCCACAGGGGGGUGUUCAAGCGUUGGAGACGAUGCUUUAUACUUUAGACAUUGUUAAUAACGACCUAAACCUCAUCCCUGGAGUGACGAUUGGUGCGCAUGUACUCGAUGACUGUGAUAAAGACACUUAUGGCUUGGAGAUGGCAGUGGAUUUUAUUAAAGGUCAGUAG